CUGCCUGCAAGCUGUCGGAGCCUGAGCUUCAGGAAAAGAUUAAAGGUUAGAUUGUAAGAAAAGGAAAUAGAAGCCAUGUUUCGAAGACCUGUAGUGCAGGUCCUUCAUCAGUUUGUGAGACAUGAGUCUGAAAUAGCUGGCAGUUUGGUUCUCGAAAGAUCUCUGAAUCGUGUGCAGUUACUUGGUCGAGUAGGUCAGGACCCUGUCAUGAGACAGGUAGAAGGAAAAAACCCAGUCACAAUAUUUUCUCUAGCAACAAAUGAGAUGUGGCGAUCAGGGGAAAAUGAAACACACCAAAUAGGUGAUGUCAGUCAAAAGACAACGUGGCACAGAAUUUCAGUAUUCCGACCAGGCCUGAGAGAUGUGGCAUAUCAGUAUGUGAAAAAGGGGUCUCGAAUUUAUGUGGAAGGGAAAGUAGACUAUGGUGAAUAUAUGGAUAAAAAUAAUGUGAGACGACAAGCAACAACAAUUAUAGCUGAUAACAUCAUAUUUCUGAGUGACCAGACGAAAGAGAAGGCAUAGAAUGGACGAUUCUUCUUUGGCCAUUGUUUGGUACAGUCUCGUUUCCAAAUCUUGAUAGUCUUUAUAGUUUCUGAAGACAAGAAUUAAAAUACUCUAUGUAAAAAAAAAAAAAAAAAAAAAAAAA